ACCACCACCACCACCACCACCGACCCUCACCAGCUCCUCGCUAGGCGCGUCCUGGGACGCUGGUAAAGGUGCGCUGCCUGGCCCCUCUCUCUCUUUUUCCCCCUCCUUCCUUCCUUUCUUCCUUCUCUCGCUGGCUUAUGCCAUGAUGUUCCCAAGCCUGAUCGCGCCACCAGCGGUGUAUCCGAGCCUCCUGCGGCCGACCCCCACCCUCACGUUGCCUCAAUCGCUGCAAUCCGCCUUUUCCAGCCACUCCAGCUUCUUGGUCGAAGACCUCAUCCGGAUCAAAACAUCACAAUCGCUGAUCCAGAAUGUGCUCCCUAAGACCUUCUCCUUCCCAUACUUUGAAGGAUCCUUUCAACCUUUUAUCAGAUCAUCUUAUUUUCCAGCUUCUUCAGUGGUUCCUAUUCCGGGCACAUUCUCUUGGCCUCUGGCUGCCCGAGGGAAACCACGCCGGGGAAUGCUCCGCAGGGCAGUCUUCUCAGACGUGCAGCGCAAAGCGCUGGAGAAAAUGUUUCAGAAGCAGAAAUACAUCAGCAAACCGGACAGAAAGAAGCUGGCAGCCAAGCUAGGCCUGAAAGACUCCCAGGUCAAAAUCUGGUUCCAGAACAGAAGGAUGAAGUGGAGGAACUCCAAAGAAAGAGAGCUCCUGUCAUCUGGUGGAUGCCGGGAACAAACUUUACCCACCAAGUUCAACCCUCACCCUGAUCUCAGUGAUGUCGGCAAGAAGGGCUCUGGAGAAGAGGACGAGGAAGCGAGCUCCCCGCUCUGCCCAGCCAACCCCAGGCAUCCUUUAAACUAUCAUCAGGCUCUCGAACACCCACACCUGAGGGACAGGUUGGACUCCCAGAUGCUCCCUUCUCCCACCCAUUCCAGCAGUCCCAGCAAACCUUCAGACUUCUCAGAUUCAGAGGAAGAGGAGGAGGAGGGUGAGGAAGAUGAAGAAGAGAUCACUGUCUCAUAGAGAUGUUUCUUCUUGCCAUCACACAAAAAGGAGGACAUUGCAAAGAUGUAAAUAAAAUUAAGGGCUAUCUAAUUGAAGAGAGGUGUCCUUCCACAUUCACAUGGCUCACACAGAACAUGUACUGAUGAUCACUUGUCCACACGGCUUCUAUAUGCCGCAUGCUUACCCUAAUUCAGAAGCCUUGCCUUGUCAUCUCCUUUUGUGGUUGUUGACCAACCAGCUAGUCAAGCACUUUUGAACUGGAGCAUACAGAUU